AUGGGUUUGGGGAUCCUAGAGCCCAAGGGCCUCAUCACCAGUAUACCAGGCACGACGCGAUUCUUUGACAACGAUCCCGACGUCGAGCCUGUUCCAGACCUCAAGUUUGCCGAUUGCAGUGGCAAGCAGUGCAUUAUCCUGAUCCCGCAACCAUCCGACGACCCCAACGAUCCGCUCAACUGGCCCCUGUGGAGGCGCGACACGGCCACCCUGACGCUGUGCUUCGUCGGCGCGCUAGCCACAUCUCUCGGCCCCAUCCUGGCAGCAAACACCAUCACGGUAGCGGGGGAGCUGUCCCGCCCGCCGGGCGACGUGGUCGCCUUGACGGGGUGCUUCCUGCUAGGAUCCGGGGCGGGAGCCGUCUUGGCUGUCCCCUCGGCGAGGACUUGGGGUAAGCGUCACAUAUUUCUGCUGGCGACGUGCGUCAUCCUGGCAUCGAGUAUCUGGGCCGGUACUGCGGGUACGGACUAUAAGAGCCUAGUUGCCGCGCGGGUAGUCCAGGGCGCCGGGGCCGCCCCCUUUGAGAGUCUGCUAGGCGCCGCAGUGGGGGACAUGUACCACGUUCACCAGCGCGGUGUGCGGAUGGCAUGUGCCGGUCUGUCCGUGUCCGGGGCGGCAUUCUCCACUCCCGUCAUCGCCGGAGUCGUGACGCGUCGUCUCGGGUGGCAGUGGACGUUCCACAUCGUGUCCAUCCUCGCGGGUGCGGCGCUGCCUGCCGUGCUGUUCCUGUGUCCGGAGAUGGCGUACGUUCGGGGAGAGGAACGGAGCAAGCCGUCCACUUCCUCGUCUGCAGACGGUUGUCGUCGGCACAAGACCUUCAUCCAGUCUCUCGCCCCCUUUGACGGACGCAAGACGGAAAACGGCUGCUGGGCCCUCCUGCUCAGGCCGUUCGUGUUGUUGGCUAACCCGACGUUUGUAUGGGUCUGCCUGAUCCAGGGCACCACGGUGGGAUGGACCGUCUUCGUCGCCGUCGUCCUGGCCACCAUCUUCAUCGGCCCGCCGUAUCACUGGACAGAGGUGCAGGCGGGAUACGCCUACGGGGGCGCGUUUGCCGGGGCUCUCGUCGGGUUCGCGGUCGCGGGUCUCUUGGCUGAUGCUACGGUCCGGUGGCUCGCACGGCGCAACGGCGGACUGUACGAGCCUGAGUUUCGCAUUGUUCUCGUCGGCCCCAUGUUCGUCGCUGGCGGGGUUGGACUGUUUGGAUUUGCCGUUACGGCGGGACAAGUGCUGAGUGGGAGGUAUGCGUAUAUUGUGCCGCUUGUCUUUGUUGCCUUCGAGGUGGCUGGCAUGGUUAUUGGUGCCGUUGCUAGCUCCUUGUAUAUUAUUGAUGCAAACCGACAUCUUGCCAUCGAGGGAUUCACCAUCAUGGUCGUCAUCAAGAAUAUGCUCAGCUUCGGCCUCACCUUUAAAGCCUUUGAGUGGAUCAUGUCGGUGGGCAUCAAGGAGACCGUGCUACCCAUUGCGGGUGUUCAGGUGGCCAUCUGCGCAUUGAGUAUUCCCAUGUAUCAUUCUACCACCAACAUGAUCCCUUGGUUCUAG